AUGCAGCCCUGGAGCGCACACACGAGCAGGAAUCCAGCCGUGGCCGCUUCCGCAGCACAGCGCAGCUGGUCUGCGACUUCAUCAGGAGCAUUCGGCAGGAAGAGACCAGCACCAUGGGCACUGGGCUCAGAGCUCACUCCGAGCUCCUCCAUCAUGAGACCAGUGCCGCCCUGCUGGAUUUGCUCCUGGAGAACGGUGCUGCCAGGCCAGAACAAGUGCCCGCCAUGGUGAGGUACAUUCACCGAUGGCUCACGGCCAAUGAUUCUGCCGAGCACAGGCUGGACAAGGCCCUGCUGAAUGUCACCAGAGCACACCCGGAUGACGCAGUGGUGACGCUCCUGCGUGUGGCCCCGUCCUGUGACAGAGCUGCCAUCUCCAUGUGGAAGACCAUCAUGUGCUCGUCCAGGACUGCGGAGCCAGUGCAGCUGAUCCUCCUGGACGUGCUGGGGAGCUGGCCAGAGCGCAGCACGUGCACCUCCGAUGGGGACAUUACGGGUGUCUUUGGCCUGGCUGCAACCGUGGUGAUGUGGAAGAUGCUCCAGGAGCCCCCUGUCCCACGUGUAGUGAGGUCGUAUUUCCCCCGCCUAUUUGUGCAUCUGCUCUUCCAAGUCUUCUUCAGCACAGAAGAGAUGCCAGAGGAGGUCAAUACCUUCUGGAAGGAAUGCCUGGAAGAGCACGGCCUUGCCACCAGCCCCAACAGGUUUGCAGUGCACACCCUGAAGUCCCUGCUCUGCCAAAAGCAGUACAAGGAUGUGGUGGUGUCAGUGGAACGCAAGCGUGGCUGGGACACGCUGCUCUGUGCUGACACCCGCCACUACGCCGUGGGUCUGCUGGCCAGGGAGAUGCGCCAUGCUUGUCUUCGGUCGUGUUCCAGCAUUGCGCUCCACCUCCUCUGGCUGCUCAGCACACAGGAGCCACACUGGGAUCUGCCCGCCCUGGCGUUCCUUGUGGAGCUCCUCGAGUGCCUGGACUCCAGCCAAUGUGGUGACAGUGUUGUGAAGGUCUCUUCAAGGUACCUGCAGAGCGAGUGCAGGGAGAGGCGUCGCCUGGCGCUCAGGGCCCUGCUGGAGCUCAUUGAUGAUCCCUCCAUGGCCGAAAGAAUGUGCAGCCUGACCGAAAGCCUCAUGCGCCUGCUGUGGGACAAGGACGCAGAGAUAGCUGGGAUGACACUCAUCACACUCAGCUUUAUAUUCCUGCACAAAUCACAAAUGCUGAUGUCAACCCCCACUGCCCUGCAGCUGGCUGAGGCGCUCCUGCCACUCUUUGACCACGAUAAUAGCCAGGUCCAGCUGCUCUCCAUCAACCUCUUCCGAGACAUGAUGGAGUAUUUGGAAGAGAGAGAAAAACCUUUGGAAAGCCCUGUGCAACAGAGCCUGCUUCCACUCUUCUUCCACUGCCAUGAUGAGAAUCAGCCUGUGGCAGAGGCUUCUCGGGAAACGCUGCUUUGCGCGGUCAAGUUCAUGAAGAGGAGGGAUCUCAAAAAGCUGCUGAAGGAGCAGAAGCUGUGGAAGUUCAGCAAGUGCCUGCUGGCAGAGGACAGGAGCCGAGCGGCCGAGCACCUGCGCCGGGCCCUGCGCUACCUGGAGAGCCCACAGGAGCCCCUGCGGCGGCGGCCGUCAGGUUCCUGGGUGAGCCACGAGCCGGGCUCCCUCCCCGGCCCGCCCGCCGCAGCUCGGCCCCGGCCCCGCCUGCUGCCCCGGCAGCGCCAGCCGGGCCCGGCGCCGUGGAGCCCCGCCUGGCCCGGGCAUUGCUGCUGCCGCCCUCUCUGGCAGCCGUGCCCUGGGGCGGCAGCGUGCGGCAAGGGGCCGGGCUGA